AUGAGCCAAAAAGCCACAUCUAUCAGAGAGCUGCUGAUCUCGUCUUAUCAAGAAAGUCUUCAAAUAAUAGAUGGAGCCUUAUUCCACUCUAUACAACGACGGAGCGCACCCUCAUCCUCCUGCUCCAUGUUUACAUUCCUUCGGCAAACUGAGCCUGAGACCCUGGAGAUUUCCCGAGCUGCAGAGGUUUUUCAAACAACUCUGCAAGUCCUGAAGAACAGAGCGAGACAGAGAUAUAAGAGGGAUGUCACGGCAUCAGAGCUGUUGUCAUGGGAUGAUGUGGAGCUGAUUGCAGAGCUGUCCAAGUGUCCUCCAGCAACACAUCCAGCCAUGUGUCAUCCCUACUCAAAAUACCGCUCCAUAUCUGGCCUCUGCAAUAACAGGCAAAAUCCUCUCUGGGGAGCAGCCAACACUCCCUUGGUCAGAUGGCUUCCAGCUGAAUACGAAGACGGGGAGAGAGAACCCAAGGGUUGGAACCGAGGAUGGCUCCAUAAUGGAUUCCAACUUCCCCCGCCACGAGAAGUCAGCAGGAAAAUAAUAAGGAGCUCCACCAAAGGUAAAGAUGACAUCUAUUCUCAAAUGCUGGUGGAGUGGGGACAGUACAUUGACCACGACAUAACCCUUACUCCUCAAAGCACUGGCAGCGCUCUUUGGACUGAUGUGGACUGUUUGAACACAUGUGAAAAUGUCCACCCAUGCUUUCCCAUUGAGAUACAUGACAUGUUCUCUGGUGCACAAGGAUGCAUGCCUUUUUUUCGCUCCGUACCAGUCUGCUUCGUCAAUAUCGGGUCAGAUAUUGGACAAGCUCUGCAGCGACAGCAAAUGAAUGCCAUUACAUCAUUCAUUGAUGCUUCAGUUGUGUAUGGCCACACUCCAAAGCUAGAGAGCCUCCUCCGUGACCUCUCUGGCCUUAAUGGGAAACUUGUUGUCAACAACCAAUUCAGGGAUCCAAAAGGGAGGCCCUAUCUUCCCUUUGUAACUACUCUGCCAUCCAACUGCCAGCAGGAUCCACAGGGGGAGAGAGUGGAGUGUUUCAACGCUGGAGACAGUCGGGCCAACGAGGGUAUGCCCCUGACCUCUCUGCAUACAUUAUGGCUUAGGGAACACAAUCGAAUCGCAGAGGCACUGAAAUACAUCAAUGAUCACUGGAGCCCCGAGACUAUCUACCAAGAGACCCGCAAGAUUGUUGGAGCUCUGCACCAGAUCAUAACCAUGAGAGAUUAUGUUCCAAAGAUUAUCGGCCCAGAAUCUUUUGAACAUUACAUUGGACCCUAUGGAGGAUAUGAUCCAACUACGGACCCCUCUGCCUCCAAUGUGUUUGCCACCGCUGCAUUCAGGUUUGGCCACGCUACCAUCUCUCCAAUCCUCAGGAGACUGAAUGAGAGCUUCCAGGAACAUGAGUACUUCCCCCGCUUGAGACUGCAGGACACUUUCUUUAGUCCAUGGAGAAUAGUCAAAGAAGGUGGAAUUGAACCAAUCCUGAGAAGUAUAAUUGGAACUCCAGCAUUAGCUGUUAGCGCAAACAUGCUGAUGGAAGAAGAGUUAACUGAGAGGCUGGUUGUGCCUAAAAUACUGCAGCACCUGGACUUGGCAUCACUGAAUCUGCAGAGAGGACGAGAUCACGCUCUCCCAGGAUACAAUGAUUGGAGAGAGUUCUGUGGACUGAAGCGCAUUAAGACACUGGAUGAUCUCAAAGAGGUUGUGGGAGACUACAAGGUUGCUGAGAAGAUACUAAAAAUGUAUGGACAUCUUGACAAUAUUGAUGUAUGGCUUGGAGGGCUUGUUGAAAACUUGUUUCCAGGCGCAAGAACCGGUCCCCUCUUCGCUUGCCUGAUUGGAAAGCAGAUGAAAGUGCUUCGUGAUGGUGAUAGUUUUUGGUGGGAGGCUGAGGGUGUGUUCACCCAGCAACAGAUGGCUGAGCUUUUAAAAGUUUCUCUGUCUCGGAUCAUCUGUGACAACACUGACAUAGGGGAAGUCCCUUUUGAUUCUUUCCGAUUUGGGAAAUAUCCGUCUGAUUAUGUUCCUUGCAAUCAUAUACCAUCAAUGAACCUGGAAGCCUGGAGAGAAGAGAGGAGCAGAGACUUACAGCAGUGUGGCUCUCCAGCAACGAUAAAGAACGGGGAUUUCAUAUUGUCCUCUACAUCUGGCAAACUGGUUGCUCUGUACUCCUGUUACCAUGGUUUCAAAUUAGAGGGUGCCGCUGUAAUAGUUUGUGAGGGAAAUGGUUGGAGUGAUCAACCUCCACAAUGCACAGGCUUCUCCACCUCCUGCCAAAGAUACUCUCAGGCCCCAGAGUGGCUGCAAACGCACAGAAAAAUCCUGCCGCUCCACUUCCCAAAGGAGACAGUCUCAUCUGUCCAGACCUUUGACUUCCCUUAUACAACCUGCCACUACUCUGUGCAGAUGUCACUGCCGUGUGCAACACCCUGGCUGCUCCCACCCCUCCCGUUGUUCCUGAGGCCUCCAUGCACUCCCUGGCUUCUGCUACUCACGCAUCUCCCUUAGGUAGGCCUUACAUUCCUUCAGGAGCAAACAUUUCACCCCAAUUAAGGUCAAAAAUCCUGCAAGAAAAAGACAUGAAUCUAGUAAGUCUAAUGCUCUCAUCUCCAGAGUACGACAGAAAAAUUUCCAAUACUGGGAAUAUUUCAGCCGUCAUUAAAUCCGCAGACCCUCAUCUAGCCAGG